AUGCCGUUGAAUCCAUUCCUCCGUGCCUUCUUCCGGAGCACAAUACCCUCCCACUGCUCCCCGAUCACGGACUACAUCCUCCUGGUCCCCACAACUGAAGUCCUCCUUCACUCGCGCGAUCGGGAAUCAAACCAACACUACACCGACCUCGUCCUCUCCGACGAGUUCCUCGGCAGCCAUGUCAUCCGUGCGCCUAGAGAUGAAAUCAACGGCGCCGUCAUUGCUGCUGCCAGAGAGAACCGUGGCAAGGCACGACAGUAUAGUACUAGUAACGGACGGACGGUUAUUAUCAAAGAUACAUGGAUCUAUACUAAUAAAGGCUUUAGAACCCUAAAUCAAGCGCAGCUCCAAAAUGACAUCCUCUUCUGGCCAAACUCCAUGGAAUCUCAACCAUGGCUCAUAUACUACAUCACCAGGUCACUAAUAGGCACUCCAGAGCAUAUCCCUUUAACGAUAAAACCCAAGCUCGAUUCUCCAGCCCCAGAGCCCUCAGCUACACUCAUUCAAAAGAAAAAAGUAGUCAAAAACUUCGAGGAGCUACUAACAACCUUCCCAAUGAUCGCAAGACAACUCCAACCAGGUCUCAAAUCGCUCUUCCAGGAACUCGAGAUGUCGAUACCAGAGCUUGGGAAUGCUGGAUCGAGCAGUACCGGUGCAUCAUCAUCCGUCUCUACCCCUCGUUUGUCGACUGCAACUACUGUCACAGCCUCAAAUUCUACAAACCCCAAGUCGCCUGCCUCACCGGCCCCUCCUAAACAUAUCUACUGGGAUAUUCAAGCUUCAAUCGACGAGGCCACCAUGCGCACAACAGUUGAAACCGCCAUCAUGGCCGCUGUCGAACUCUUUCAACGGGUUGACCAAUCCCAACUCCAACUCCUCGCAGGAACAACGGACCUAACAGGUACAAGCAUCGAACACCUCAUCGAGCGCUAUAUAUGCGAGCAGCUUCACGACUCGUACAUCUUCCCGCGCCUGUUAGCUCUAAAAAGGGACGAAAACGAGAUUCUAGACCAAAAGAUCAAAGAGAUGGAGUACAUCGACAUUGCACAAGUAGGAAUUCAAGUCCCCGACCACGACACACGGCGAAACCUGGCAAGUAGGGUCGUACGUGGGGUUGAGAAGUUCGAGAGGAUGGCGGAAGCUAGGUCACCUAUGGAAAUGCUGGAUAUUCUAUUAGAAACGGCGCAGGCGCUGACGCAAUCUGAGGAGGAAGCAAGGAGGUUGAAGGAACAGCUCAAGUCCCCUAAAUUUAGCGAUGGAGGGAUCUCCGAGAAGCCGUCUGAUGACGAAUCUACAAAUCCGGUGCUUACUAUGAACGCGGAUAUGCUAGUUUCGUUACUUUUAAUUGUGGUAAUUAGAGCUCGGGUCAAAGGGUUACAAAGUUGUCUGUGUUAUAUGAGGGGUUUCGUAUUUGUGGAUGAUAUUGAGGCUGGAGAAAGGGGAUAUGUACUGAGUACGCUUGAGGGUGUAUUGUUCCAUAUUACUAUGGAUAGUGAGCAUAUGGGAAAGGCGAGCAAGAGGAAUUGGAGACUGUGGGAUCGGAUUCGGAAAGGAAAUGUGGGUGGGAUCAGGGAUUUGUUAGAGAAGAAAGAAGACAUAGCGGAGCUCGAUAGUGCCGCUCUUAGUCCAGUAGGGGAUCUGCCGGAUGUCCGAUUUGUGGGAUUUGAUGACGAACAGAGGAUGAAUUGUGGGAAGAGAGUCGGGCGAAGGAAGAAAUCAGAUGAGAAAAAGAGGAUGAAUGGGGGGUUGAAAGUUGUGGAGUCGGAGAUUAAUGGUGUGUCUUUGAGCCCGAAUAUGGAUGCUCCAGAUGCCAACCUUCUACCAGAGAUAUUUGCGAAGAUCGAGAGUCCGAGAGAUAAGCUCCCUGAGCUGAUACCAGAGUUGGAGAUGCCAGAAAGCGAAGGAGAUGAUGGGGAGCAAAGGGGCCUAAAGGUCGAUGAGAAGGAAAUGGAGGGCAGUGGGAGUGGUUCCGAGUGCACUAACGGGCACCCUAUUCCCGCAGAAGUUGUAGCCACCGUGGAAGAGACGCUGCAUGAAAGCGAAGUUCAUCUACGCAAAAAGCCUGAUGAUGAAGAUUUAGUGUUGGAAUCGGCAGAACCUGAUACCCUAGAACCAAUAGCGGAUGAGGAGAAACCGGCAGAUGAAGACGAUGUUGAAGCCGAAACUCUUGAGGCGGAGAUUGACACGGAGAUGGAAUUGGAACUAGAUGGUGAGGCACAGACUAUAACUGAUGGGAUUUCAGUCAAUUCUACCGAAGCUACUGAGUCGACGAUAGCACCCUCAACCAAUGAUGAUAUGAACGGUGAGGACGCUCAAAAGUUAAAGGGGGUUAUCAAAACCAAGUUCAACCCAGAGGUUAUCUUCGAAGGGAUCCCCACCCGGCCUCACCGCAAAUUAACCCGCUCGACAUCUGUUCGAAGUGAUAUGUCACGCCAUAGCUGGGCGUCGUCGUCUUUUCAGUCUCUCGAACACCUUUCACACUCCGCCAUCUCGCUUACAGAGGAUCUCAUGUCCGUUGAAGUUCUCUCAAGAACACAGAGUUUGAAAGGAGAAUCUAUCGUCAUGAUGGCCGUUAAUAAUCAGCAACAAGAUGUUCUUGAGUAUCUGAUCGACGAGUCAACCUAUUUCCCGCUUGUCUGGCUCUUGCAAGAUAGAACUCACGAUGGGACGACGUUACUGUCUGCUGCUAUUCAGGGAGAAAACUAUGACAUAGUGAGAGUGAUCAUGGAAGAGGUAAUGAAAGCGCAGGAUGAUGAGAUACUAGAGUAUAUGAAGGCAGUCGACGAAAAUGGCCGGACGGCUGGCCACUAUGCUUUCAGUCAGCCAACAUUCCUCCGUCACUUUGGUAGACUAAUCCAGUGGACCAUGAAGGACAAAAAUGGCCAAACGCCACUCUUUGCGCUCUGUCGGUCGUAUGACCACCCGAGCUACAAAGACAUGGUAAUUUUGGGUAUUAGGUCCGCUGAAACAGCCCAGUCAGACGGCCAGCGACUACACCUCGACGACCACGUCGACAAAAAAGGGAAUACUCUUUUGCACAUUAUUCAUGAUCAGCACAUUCUCAAGAUGCUCCUUAGAAGGGACGCAGAUGUCAAUUCGGUCAACGAGAAAAAUCUGAGCCCGUUGAUGCUUGCUAGCAAGUACGGCAGGGUGGAUACUGUUCGGACAUUGUUCAGUGAUAGACGAGUUGAUAUAUAUGCCAGAGAGUCUAGAGGCCUGACCGCAGUCGAAUUGGCAAAGGAUGAUGAUGUCAGGAACAAAUUUGAUGAUAUGGUGAUGUUCUCGUAUCCUCCACAAGCCGAUCGCAGAAUCACCGCCGUGGUUCGUGGCAUCUUUGUAGAAGAUGCAACGGUACGGCUUGUCCUGAAAAGCGGCAUGCCAUCCUCGGAUAUGAAAUAUACCAUAACAACCUGCCGGCGGUUACUCUCAGACUUCGAAUUUCUUGCAUAUUGGCUUUCUUACGAACAUCCCGCUUCGUGGCUGCCGGCUCUACAUGUGAAUCGCAGCCCCUUCCAGAUCCCCUCAAAACCGUCCCGUGCAGUGCUUCGAGAUAUACAAACACAGUUAGACAGUUUCCUUCGAACACUACUAUCCCAUAGCACUUUUUCGACCCACGAGUUGCUAUGGGAAUUCUUUUUGAUGCCAGAUAUGCAACCUGAGGGCAUGAUGGAGCGAUCGAAGCGUAAGUCAGAGAUUCGCGGCGAGAAGGUCCAAGAAGACUUCGAGCCCUUACAGAAUACAAAGGACGUGGAAAUAUUCAUGGCACACGCAAGGGAUACCGUGAGAGCGAUCAAUGUGCACACCAAGAUCGUACUCCGCCGAACGAACCAGUUCCUUCAGAAUGCAAAGGACUUGGGAGACGCAUUAACGGAAGCUAGGAAGCAAUUGAACGCUUGUGAAUUCAUGGAAGGUAGUCAGCAGGUCCGCGGGCUAUGGAAGUAUACUAUCGCAAUCUCCCCGAACGAUUCAAACCCCAUCGCACAUUUUCUGGACGACUUUAGAAGUAUCAACUCGAGUCUACAGGGGAUGAUGACGGCUCUUGAACGGCCGAGGAAGAUUGUAGGAGAGAUCAAUAUGCUGCAGAGAGAGGUUGAAAAACACAUGAUCUCGCUUAGAAGGUCGGAUCGGUGGCCCUUGGGAUUGAUGGAUGAAACGCGGGCGAAGAUUCAUCAAGGUGCAGCGGAUAAUAUUCGGCAGACUAAAUCAAGACAAGAGGCUUUAAGUCGAGAGUUACGAUACAGCCAAAGCGUAGCGGCAGUCGAAUUAGCAAGUUUCCAUGAGAUGCAUGGGAAGUUUGCGAGGGAGGCGGUGAAAAGACUGGCGAGGAAUCAAGUGCUUGUAGAAAAGGAGCGUUUGGAAGGGCUGAAGAGAGCCUUGAGGGUAGUGAAAAAUGCCUAA